GCACUCAAAAGCUCUAUAACAACUCAACCAGAAAAAAUACCAGCAGCACUCAAAAAAUGUCUUCUGCAAAUGCCUCUGAUUCCUCUUCCACUGCCAUUACCCGUAUAUGGAGUUACGACGUAUUCUUGAGUUUCAGAGGUGAAGACACCCGUAAAGGUUUCGUCGACCACCUCUACACAACCUUACGCGAAAAGGGUAUCGACACUUUCAAAGACGACAUUGAGCUCCGGAGAGGGAGUUCCAUUUCCCCUGUACUCAAAAAUGCCAUUGAAAGAUCCAAAGUCGCACUCGUUGUCUUCUCAAAAAACUAUGCCGAUUCCUCCUGGUGUUUAGAUGAGAUUGUUCAGAUCGUUGAAUGUAACAAGAAAUUAGGCCAAAAGAUUUAUCCUGUAUUCUACCAUGUGGAACCUUCGCAUGUUAGGAAGCAAAAAAAGAGCUACAAAAAAGCUUUUGACAAAUAUGAAAAUGAUCCUAACGUGGAGAAAGAGAAGAUUGAGAGCUGGAGGAAUGCUUUGAAGGAAGCUGCUAGUGUUUCUGGAUGGGACAUCAAAGAAACAGAUGGGCACGAGUCGAAAGGCAUCAGAACAAUUGCUCUAGAUAUUUUAAACAGUUUGAGCCAUACAGUCUCUCGUGUUAAAGAAAGCCUGAUUGGAGCAGAGUCGCAUGUUCAGAAGGUGAUGUCCCUGUUGAAUCUCGAGUCAACUGAAGAUGUUCGCAUGAUAGGUAUAUGGGGUAUGGGUGGCAUCGGGAAAACAACUAUUGCCAGGACAGUUUUCGAUCAAAUAUUUAGCAAAUUUGAAGGCAGUAGCUAUCUUGACAAUGUAAGAGAAGUUUCCAAAACUUUAGGACUGAAUUCCUUAGAAGAAAAAUUACUCUCCGACACUCUGAUGGAAAAAAGUGCAAAUCUCCACAAUAACGUGUCUGCCCUAUUCACAAGGCUACGUCACAAAAGGGUGCUUGUUGUUCUUGAUGAUGUCAAUGAACUUGAGCACUUAGACCGAUUGGCUGGAGGGCAUGAUUGGUUUGGUGCCGGUAGCAGAAUCAUCAUAACAACAAGAGACAGGCAGUUACUUUCAGCUCGUGAAGUUAAUGAAGUAUAUGAGGUCAGUUUCUUAGGGACUGAUGUAGCGUUAAAGCUGUUUAGCAAAUUUGCCUUUAAGGAAGGUUUUCCCAAAGAGAAAUUUGAAAAGCUUGCACGUGCGGCAGUUAGAUAUGCUCGCGGUCUUCCUUUAGCUCUUAAGGUGUUGGGAUCUUUCUUACGUAGUCGAGAUAUUGAUGAAUGGGAAAAUGCAUUGGAUAGAUUGGAAGAAAUUCCGGAAGAUAAAGUCUUGGAGAAACUUAAAGUGAGUUUUGAUGCACUGAACGACAUGGAGAAGAAGAUAUUCCUGGAUAUUGCUUGUCUUUUUAAGGGAAAGAAGAAAGAAUAUGUGAUGAGAAAACUUGACAGCUUCGGUCUGCGAGCUAAGAUUGGAGUAAGUGAUCUGAUUCAAAAAUCUCUCUUGACUGUAACCGCUGAUAAUAGGCUUCAGAUGCAUAACUUAUUGCAAGAGAUGGGUUGGUACAUUGUGCGACAUUCGCAUCCUAACGAGCCUGGGAGACACAGCAGGUUAUGGUUACCUAAGGAAAUAAGCUCUGUACUAACCAAAAACUCGGGAACAGAAGAUAUUGAGGGCAUACAUCUGGACUACGGAGAACCAGAAAGCGUGAAAAUUAACCCGAAAGCCUUUACAAAUAUGAAAAACCUGAGGCUACUCAAAAUCCACAAUGCAUGCAUUCAGCAAAUGCCAGCUUCUAUUCCACGUGACUUGCAAUGGCUUGAUUUACACAAGUACCAAACGAGGACUCUGCCUCCAAGUUUUCAAGGAGAAAAGCUCGUUGGACUGAAACUGUCCCAUAGCUAUAUUGAACACCUUGGAGGACUAGAAAAGGCACAAUUGAAUAAGUUGAAAUUCAUCAAUCUCAGUUACUCUAAGCAAUUGGUGAAAACUCCAGAUUUCAGCAAAAUUCCAAAUCUUGAAAGAUUGGAUCUCAGCAAUUGUAAGAGCUUGGAAGAGGUUCACUCGUCCCUUGGGAAUCUUAAAAAGCUUUUAUACUUAAAUUUGGCACACUGUAUUAAACUAAAGACUCUACCAAGUGGUAUCCAUUUAGAAAUGCUGAAAACACUUGUUCUGUGGGACUGUGUAAAAUUAGAAAAAUUUCCAGAAGUGACUGGGGAAAUGGAAUGCUUGUCGGAGCUUCAUUUGGAGGGGACUGCAAUAAAAGAGCUACCCCUGUCGAUCAGCAACAUUACUGGCCUUGUUCUGAUAAAUCUCAGCAAGUGCAAAAACUUAAAAAGUCUUCCAAACAGUAUUUGUGAUUUGAAAUGUUUGCAAACUCUUAAUCUCUCUGACUGCUUAAAGCUGGAAAAACUGCCAGAAAACCUUGGAGAAGUCAAGUCUCUGGCAGAACUUCUUGUAGAUGGAACUGCUAUUACACAACCACCGCCGUCAAUUGCAUGUUUGACGAACCUGAAUAUCUUGUCAUUCAGUAGAUGCAAGCGGCCAAAAUCUGGGAUGUUUUCGGGUAAUCUGGAGUCAUCUGUCUCUUCUAUAUCUGGUAUGUUACAUUUGCAAAAAUUAGGACUCUCCAGGGGUAACCAGACAAAAGGUUCUUUGCCUCCAACCCGACCAUCUUUGUCUGGUUUAUGUUCCUUAAAAAAAUUGGAUCUCAGUUCCUGUGAUCUACUUGAGGAAAUUUCAGCUGAUCUUGACAGCUUGUCAUCUUUGGAAGAGUUAGAUUUGAGCAGAAAUAACUUUGUAGAAUUUCCUGCAAAAAUUUCUGAACUUCCUCGACUCAAAAUCGUAAAACUGGAAAGUUGCACAAAUCUUGAAUCACUACCGGAUUUUCCAAAAAGUAUAGCUGUAGUAAAUGCAGAUGAUUGCCAUUCAUUAAAAAGCUUGGCAAAUCUCUCUGAAAAGCAUGCCUUCUUGAGGAAGGUCUCAUUUCUCAAUUGCUUCAAACUGUUCGAAAAUGAGGAGAACCAUAAUGCUGCUGAUAAGUUGCUACACUCUCUACUUCAGGGACAAGCUAUUAUCAAUAGUCGAUUUAGCAUACUCAUUCCAGGAAGGGAGGUUCCUGAGUGGUUCAGUUACCAAAAGAUGGGUCGUUCAGUAACCAUCCCUAUAACUCCAGAAUGGCAUAAUAAUGUCAUUGGGAUUGCAGUUUCUAUCGUUUUUGAGCGUCUGGUGUCAAAAUCAAAAAUAGGGAUCACAUUCAAAAUGAUAAGCCGGGAUCACGAGGAGUUCAUUGCUAAUAUCACCCAAACUGCCACUAAGCUGGAAGAGAACUACGAGUCUGCUCAUGUGUGGAUAGGCUAUGUAUCAUUCCAUCUUUUCCAGCUUCUAUUUCCGAAAUUUCAGUCAGAUGAUUGGGCUAAAAUUGAAGGAUGUCUUACAAUUAGUACAAUGGAAGAGGCAUGGAUUAAGCCAAGAGGAUGUGGUAUUCGCUUAGUGUACAAAGAUGAAGUGAAAGAGGCUUUGGCACAACAUAUGGAGACUCAGCCUGGAGUUGACCAAGAAUUGAACAAAUCAAAAGAGGACAAAGAGAGUAUCGAUGUACUGACUUUUGGUGUCAAUCAAUUGAACUGGAGUGUAGACCCCGUUGAGGAAGAGGGCACUCAGUUUCAAAGUUUGAGAAGCACAACUUCCUUCAAGGUACAGAAGACCCUAUCAUUUGAUUACUAGUUUCUAGGAGGUCUUGCACUGCGUGGCUAAGUCAUUUGAUUGUGUUGGUAGUUGUUCAUGUUUGCUUUUCCCUUUUUUCCUACAAAAAUAAUAAACAUUAAGGCUUCCUAUGUUCGCUCAAAUCAAUUCCAUGCAUGAAAAAAAGAUUCGUAAUUUUUCUAUUGGUCAUAUUGGUGAUGUAUUGGGUGUUAUGUUGCUUUUUAUUGUACGACGAAAAAUCAUUGUCAAAUAGUUGGUCCAUCUUUCUAUGUAUUGAGUGUGUCCCCAUGUAUAUUAAAUCUUAUUAUGGUGUGUACGUUAUUGAAAUCA